UGUGUGUGUGUGUGUGUGUGUGUGUGUGUGUGCGCGCAACAUUGGUCCCCAUCUACCACCCACUGACGACUUUGGAGAUGGUUGUCAUGGUGACACUUCAAAUGCCGCUGAUGAACUGAUCAGCAAUGGGUGAUUGUCGAGCGAUGAUUCACCGUGGGCACAGAGCCGUUGAGCCAGGAGCCCUUUGUUAGUCGGAGAGUGCAUCGGCAGCAGCGCGGCAGCAGAAGCGGCAAGAUGCAGCAACACCGAGGACGCCGCUCCUUAGCCGGCGAGAUGAUGGCCAGCGUGAAGAGGCACGACCGCCGGCACUCCGCCUCGGACGUCCUGCUGAAGGUCCUGCAGCGCAGACGCAGCUCUGCCCUCGAGAUCCUCUCCUCCUCCUCCCACAGAGUUAUGGUGGCGGUCAGCGUAAACCAGCCUCAGCCCCUCACUGACCGCAAGACCAGGAGAUCCAACGCAAGGGUCCCGACAGCAAAGUACACCAAGAUGGGUGAGACCCUGAGGCACGUCAUCCCAGGUCACAUGCAGUGCUCCAUGGCCUGCGGUGGAAAAGCCUGUAAAUAUGAGAACCCCUCUCGCUGGAGUGAUGAGGAGCAAGCCAUCAAGGGACUCUACUCGUCCUGGAUUACUGACAACUUGCUCGCUAUGGCAAGGCCUUCCACUGAAAUCAUAGAGAAAUAUAAUAUAAUCGAACAGUUUCAAAGGUGCGGUUUGAAGACGGUCAUUAACCUGCAGCGACCCGGAGAACACGCCAGCUGUGGCAACGCACUGGAGCAGGAGAGCGGUUUCACUUAUCGACCCGAAACUUUCAUGGAGGCAGGCAUCUACUACUAUAACUUUGGGUGGAAGGACUACGGCGUGGCGUCUCUGACUACAAUCCUUGACAUGGUGAAAGUCAUGUCAUUUGCUGUUCAGGAGGGGAAAAUGGCUGUCCACUGCCAUGCCGGGCUUGGAAGAACAGGCGUGUUGCUGGCUUGUUACUUGGUCUUCACAACUCGGAUGAACGCUGAUCAGGCCAUCCUGUUUGUGCGAGCCAAAAGACCCAACUCCAUCCAAACCAGAGGCCAGCUGCUGUGCGUCAGGGAGUUCGCCCAGUUCCUGGUCCCUCUGCGAAGCGUCUUCUCGUGCGCGGAACCCAGAGCGAGCGCCGUCACCUUGUCCCAGUACCUCACCCGGCAGCGACACCUGCUGCACGGCUACGAGGCCCGACAGAUGAAGAACGUGCCAAAGAUCGUCCAGCUGGUGUGCCGGCUCCUCGUCGACAUCGCGGCCAACAGACAGGUCGUGAUCGAGGAGGAGUGGCUGGAGAUCCCUGACCUCACAGCCGAGGUGGAGAAGACGGUGUCCCAGCAGGCCCUGCAGCAGCUGGGGAAGGAGAUGAGAGGGAAAGGGAUCCCUGUUUCGCCUUGUUCCUCUCAUCCUCUCAGCCCACCAGCACAACAGACCAGACCCGCUCAGGAUCAGCCUCUGCCCAGCGACAAUGAGCUCGACCCUCUGUGGAGGCAGCAGAAUGUAGAAAGCCCACUGAGGUUCUCUUUGUCCGACAACAAGAGACUCAGCUACAGCGAUUCAGUCCUUCACAUUCUUGGACAACAGCAGCGCUAUUUAGGGAGUCUGAAGAGCAACAAACCAAUCAACCGCCUGAUCAAGCAUUCCUUGUCUCACAGCAACCUUACAGCCUGUAACUCUCCUCCAUUUUGUGACCUCUUUCCUCAGGACAUUGUCAGAAGCUUUCAGGACCCCUAUACAGAAGCAAAGCAAGACAUUGGACCCCCUGUGUUAACAAGGCCGCUGCAGAAGAGGCAUCAGAGUUUGUCUUUAGAUCUGUCCGAGCAGGGAAGAAAAGCCCAUUGUAAUACCGCUCUGCCUGCCUUAUCAGCUAAGAUUCAACUGGUGGCCAGCGAGGAGGAUGUGUCAGCGGGUCAAGGAGAUAACAGAGAAGUCACAGAGGUUCCCUUCAUCACCCUCCAGCCUGAGCUCUCCCCAGAGAACAGAUGUCUACUGGUGGCCAAAGCUCUGGCCAUGGAUCUGACUGACAAGGAUCUGUCCUCCAAGGUGUCCAUGUGGCAGACAGAGCUGAACUCCAGAGAGGGGGCGUGGGAGAGGCUGUGCGUGGAGAGAGACCCUCUGGUCCUCUCCAGUCUGAUGUGGUCGUGGCUGGAGCAGCUCAAGGAUCCAGUCAUCAGCCGGGAAGACAUAAAAGCCCUCAGUGAGAAGAACGUAAACCCACAGAAGGCCCUCGACUCACUGGAAAAGGGCCACCGGCUCACUUUGCUGUGUAUCCUCGACUGUGCCGCUCAUCUCCUGCCAGUGCCUAAACAAGUGGAGACUAGCUUUCUUAACCAAACCAUAAAAGUCUUUACUAAGAUUGACCCCGCCUCGGAGACGAACGAAGCCCUGUACGCGACACUGAAAGCAAUCCUGACUCCCAUUCUGUAUGAGCUGCGUGACAAAGCUGUGGAGGAGAGCGAAGACUCCUGAUCAGCCUCGACACGACGGGCCCCGACAGGAAGAAGAGUCACCAGCAGGGUUCCACUCUCAUUUGUGGGCAUUACUGUGUUUUAAGCCACUUCUUUGCACCAGAUACUGCUGAGAUCUGCCAAUCUGUAGUCUUUGAAGCUAUUUGAUACAAGACUAUGUCAUUUAAAGAUUUAGCAUUCUGUAUUCCUUUGACGCUCUUAAUAGACUCCAUGUACUGCCAUUCUCUGUGUUAACGUGCCACUGUGCUCAGUUUGAAACUUUUGUCACCUGUUCUACUGUAAUAUUUGUGAGGGACUAGAUGUUGCUUUUAUUAUCUAACUCUUAGCUGGUAGGAUGAUGACUAAGGAUCGUUUUCAUUAUGUUAAUGUAAGGGAUGAGGGAGGGCUCUUAUUUAAACCAAAAGAUGGCUUUUUUUACACUGUGUAGAUGCUACAGUGUGUCUUAUUUAUUCAGAUCUUUUUAUUUGAAAUGCAGCAAUUUGUUUUAAUAGUUAUAACCUGAGUUGCAAGGUUGCUUCUUUCCUGUAGAAUGUAAAGUGUUUUCUUCGAGUCAAAGCUGUGGCUACUGUUAUGGCAAUGCAAAUUCAACAGGCCACAUGCUUUUUUUCAAUCAAUUCUAUGUCCUUAAUACUGUGUGUACCAAAAAAACGAAACAAAAAAAGUCACUCUUCUGUUCUGUUGUUCAUGCAUUUGUAAAACAUCAAUCUGCCUCUCCUGUUGCAUUUAGCACAAUGCUGUCUGCCUCAACUGAAACUGCCUCUGUCUGUUUGUAACAACGCCUUGCCUCUUUGUAUGUGUGUGUCAGUACAUGUGUGUGGGUGUGUGUGUAUAAAUGUGUGUGUUGCUGCUGAGACGAGUCAGCGCGCCGCCUCUCACCUCAUGUUGUCUCACAUGUGGACACGGUGUAAUGCAGAUCUGCUGACACGCUGAAUGUGGAACGCUGACGUUAAUAAUAUUAAGAUGAAGGACAUGA